UCACCCCCCGUCGGCUGUGUGUCUGUUCUGUGAUGAUCAGUCGGAGACGAUGGAGCAGAUCUACACACACAUGAAGGACUCACACGACUUCGAUCUUCACAAGCUGAGGACAGAACUCAGUGAGUGAAACAUCAGCAACCUCCAGAACCUGCAUCAUCUGUGACAUGAGAUCUUUGUCUUCAGGCAGUUCAACAGAUUACACAACUGUUUGUUCUUCUACACAAGAGAAGCAACAACAGUGUGUAGUCAGAAGAGAAGCAGGACACGAAACUCUUCAGUCCCUAAAUCACAAUGUGAAACCAAAACCAACCAGAUCCACAGAAACUGAAGAGAAACACGUGAAGCUUCAGACUCGGAUCAGAACUCGAGUCUUGAUUCACAGAUUCACAGACGAUGCAGAUUGAAAUGCAGACGUUUGAAUAUUGAUGAGACGCUCUGUGUUCACCUCUCGCUGUCUGCUCCUCUCAGACCUCAGGUUCUACCAGCAGGUCAAACUGGUGAACUUCAUCCGGAGGCAGAUCCACCAGAGCCGCUGCUACGGCUGCGAGGGGAAGUUCCUCUCCAGAGCCGACGUGCUGCGCCACAUCGCGGCUGCAGGUCACGUGAUGAAGCUGCCAGACGUGUCCACCUGGGACCAGCCGCAGUAUUACUUCCCCACGUAUGAGAACGACGCCCUCUUGUGUUCGUUAUCUGACAGUGACGAGGCUGAAAGUGAGGAGACGAGUCACGGCGAGGACGUCCCGGUGAUCGCAGAGGACGUGUCCAACCUCAGAGCCCUGAGACAGACCAGCGUCCUCAACCAGCUGCUGAAGAAGAGAAGCUAGGACGAGGGACAGACAGCGGAGUGAAGACGUCUUCCUCUUUUCUUCUGGACUCUUCUUCACUCGCACUUUGUGAAAAGACAAACUGACCCGACGCAGCCGGAACGUGAACUUCAACACUUUACUUCACACAAAUGUUCAUUCAGUCAAUAAAGAGGAUGAUCGUCAUCAGAAGAACUGUAUUACUUUCAGUACAAAUAAUACUGGGUCCAGUGGAACCAGUAAGUUUGUCUGUUUACAAACGAGAAUUCAGAACCAAACUAAAAGAGAUGAAUAUGAUUCUGUGUAAUAAACCGUGAGGUUGAAACCUG